CAGAAUCGAAAGUGUUUCAAAAGAAUUUUCCUGUUAAAUAACCGAUAAUGAAAUUUGUUCCUCACACGAUAUGGAUAACUCUGAUGCCAUUGUUAAGUUUUCUAUGCAUGAUUAACGGAGAUUCUGACACUGAAGCCGAUAUUGAUGAAACAGACAGUGAAAUGAUGAAAUAUGCGCCAGAAUAUCAACAUCCAGAAUAUGCUUUCAGUUAUGGCGUCAAAGAUCUGCACACGGGAGAUGUCAAAUCCCAGUGGGAGUCACGCGACGGCGAUACUAUAAAGGGACACUAUAGCAUUCUCGAGCCAGAUGGCUCGAUACGUACAGUUCACUACACUGCCGAUGCUAAGCAUGGCUUCAAUGCUGUGGUGAAGACCGUCGGCGCCAAUUCACAUCCCGUCACCGAAUCGCCGCACAGUGAAAAUGGCAUCAACGACGACACAUCGCAAUCCAAAAUCAAUCACUACAGCAAAGACCAGGAGCACAUAGUGCUGAGCUCAGACAUUAAACCGCUCAAAAAUCCAAUUGAAGAUCUCACUCACGCCCACCCGAAAAUUCCCAGCCUCAUUGAGUUCAAACCGCAUGCGCGCAUAAAGCAAGUGCCAAUGGAACUGGAACCGGGUAUGCGUGAACGGCUGCAGACCGCACGUGAUGAGUAUUAUCAAAAGCAAAAUUUCAAGAAAGUGCCACAUCCUGUAACAGAUUCGUACAGUAAUCAGGAGAAUGAAUGGAAAGCGCUUGUAUUGGAUCAAAAUUCCGAGUAUCAGCCGAUAUAUGGUGUCCAUAUAAAUAGUUAUAAAAGCGCAGACAAUUACAUUCCAACAAAACAAUCCAUUGCAAAUAUAGCUCAGAAUGCUGUGAAUAACGGUGGUGGGCUGCGCAAUGAAUUUAUUGCAUCAGCGCCUCUGCAUCAACGCAAUCAUGGCUCCUAUAUCGAUCCUAGUAUAAAUAAUAUACCGCCUGGCAAGAAGUACAGCUUCACCACACCUAAUUACAAGCACCACUCAGUACCACCGCCACAAUACAAAUAUCAGUCGAAUUUCAAAGCGUCUGCGCCACAAAAUCGUCCAGACUACAUCAAUUACUUUCAGCGCAAA